CUAAGCCAACCACGCGCAUCAUUCGACGUUACUCUACAAAUUACCAAAGCUUUCCCUCUUGACUAGCAAAACAAUAUGGAACACGAAAUAGACGGCUGGAUCGCACAGCUAAGUCAGUGCAAACAGCUCUCCGAGGCUGACGUCAAGAAACUCUGCGACAAGACGCGGGAAAUCUUGAUGGAGGAGUCGAAUGUGCAGCCUGUGAGGUGUCCUGUGACUGUUUGUGGGGAUAUACAUGGUCAAUUUCAUGAUCUUUCCGAACUUUUUCGCAUUGGAGGCAACUCACCCGACACAAACUACCUCUUCAUGGGUGAUUAUGUCGAUAGAGGAUAUUUCUCCGUAGAGACGGUCACCCUGCUUGUCGCUCUCAAGCUUCGCUACCGGGACCGUGUCACCAUCCUGCGAGGCAACCAUGAAUCGCGCCAAAUCACGCAAGUGUACGGUUUUUACGACGAGUGCUUGCGGAAAUACGGCAAUGCGAACGUGUGGAGAUACUUUACUGAUCUGUUCGACUACCUUCCUCUUACAGCCCUAAUCGAGAAUCAAAUCUUCUGUCUCCACGGAGGACUCUCACCAUCCAUUGAUACCCUAGACCACGUACGAUCCAUUGACCGUGUACAGGAGGUCCCCCACGAAGGCCCGAUGUGUGAUCUGCUAUGGUCAGAUCCCGAUGACCGCUGCGGCUGGGGUAUAUCACCGCGAGGUGCUGGUUACACUUUCGGGCAAGACAUUAGCGAGGCGUUCAAUCACAACAACGGGCUGACACUCGUUGCACGUGCGCAUCAACUUGUCAUGGAGGGGUACAACUGGGGCCAAGACCGAAAUGUUGUUACUAUUUUCUCCGCACCAAACUACUGCUACCGCUGCGGCAACCAGGCAGCAAUCAUGGAAAUUGAUGAAAAAUUAUCUUACAGCUUCCUUCAAUUCGACCCUGCGCCGCGAGCCGGCGAGCCUCUUGUUUCUCGACGUGUACCGGAUUAUUUCCUUUGAUCGCCAUUCUCUUACACCUCUCGGACUCUUGUUGCGGCGUCGGUGUCAUAUAGUAUCGUACAUACAACUUACGCAUACGCGCACUAUGUAUCAUGCAGAAGAUGAAGUCAAAGAAGAGGAAGAUACCUCCCAUCCUCCGCUUGAUGCACUCCGACCGCGAGGGUCCUAGCCUCACAGAGGAUUUGUACAAUGCCACCGGCGGCGACUGUGAGACAGUACUCUGUAGACAACGUUUCUUUACGCAUACGUAUAAUUCUAAAUUAUUGUUUGUUGGUC